UCCUCGAUCCUGAGCGAGGUGUCCACUCGCGCCAGGUCUAAGCUGCCGUCGGGCAAGAACAUCCUGGUCUUCGGUGACGAUGGUUCAGGCAAAACAACACUCAUGACUAAACUACAAGGAGCUGAACAUGGCAAAAAAGGAAGAGGCCUCGAGUAUCUCUACCUCAGUAUCCAUGAUGAGGACAGAGAUGAUCACACACGCUGCAAUGUGUGGAUUCUGGAUGGAGACCUGUACCACAAAGGCCUGUUGAAGUUUGCAGUUUCUGCUGAAUCGUUACCAGAGACCCUGGUCAUUUUUGUUGCGGAUAUGUCUAGACCUUGGACUGUGAUGGAAUCUCUACAGAAAUGGGCUAGUGUUUUACGUGAGCAUAUUGAUAAAAUGAAAAUUCCACCAGAACAGAUGAGGGAGCUGGAACGGAAAUUUAUGAAAGAUUUUCAAGACUAUAUUGAACCUGAAGAAAGUUGUCAAGGCUCCCCACAGAGAAGAGGGCCUCUGACGUCAGGACCUGAUGAAGAGAACGUUGCCCUGCCUCUCGGCGACAACGUGCUGACUCAUAGCCUGGGGAUCCCUGUGGUGGUGGCGUGCACCAAGUGCGACGCGGUGAGUGUCCUGGAGAAGGAGCACGACUACAGGGAUGAGCACUUUGAUUUCAUCCAGUCUCACCUUCGGAGGUUCUGUCUCCAGUAUGGAGCCGCCUUGAUUUACACAUCGGUGAAAGAAGAGAAAAACCUCGAUUUGUUGUAUAAGUACAUUGUCCAUAAAACAUACGGUUUCCACUUUACCACACCUGCCUUAGUUGUGGAAAAGGAUGCGGUUUUUAUACCUGCGGGCUGGGACAAUGAAAAGAAAAUAGCUAUUUUACAUGAAAAUUUCACAACCGUGAAGCCAGAAGACACAUAUGAAGACUUCAUUGUGAAGCCUCCUGUGAGAAAGCUGGUCCACGACAAGGAGUUGGCAGCGGAGGAUGAGCAGGUGUUUCUAAUGAAGCAACAGUCACUCCUUGCCAAGCAGCCAGCCACGCCCACGAGAGCCUCCGAAUCCCCUGCAAGAGGACCCUCUGGCUCUCCAAGGACCCAGGGCCGGGGAGGACCAGCCAGUGUACCUAGCGCCUCUCCUGGCACGUCAGUAAAGAAGCCAGAUCCAAACAUCAAAAAUAAUGCAGCAAGUGAAGGAGUGUUGGCCAGCUUCUUCAACAGUCUGUUGAGUAAAAAAACAGGGUCUCCUGGAAGUCCUGGUGCUGGUGGGGUGCAGAGCACAGCCAAAAAGUCAGGACAAAAAACUGUGUUGACAAAUGUUCAGGAAGAAUUGGAUAGAAUGACUCGAAAACCAGACUCCAUGGUAACAAACUCUUCAACAGAAAACGAAGCCUGAUCCUCCUUAAAAAGUGCAUAUGUAAAAUGACCAAAUAACUAUGUAUAUUGAUCUGCUAAGACCAGGAUUUUUCUGAUAUGGCACAUGCACAUGCUAUCAGUUUUUCGGGGCAGGGGAGAUGAACUUUAAAAAAAAAAAACAAACUACUGCAUUGGCUUGUCCGAGUGUGAAAUGCACAUUUAGGAAGGUUACGUGUCAGACCCUUUGUCAGGAAUCACCCUUGGACUCUCGGGCAUGUGGCUGUCUUCGUGGGAAGCAGGUGCCGCUGGGCUUCUCAUGCAGGGCGGGGCAGGUGGAGAGAGGCCCGUUUUCUUUCAGGGUGGAGCAGUUGAGACCAGGAAACCAUGGUGGUUAGUCUGACCAGUUGUGUGUUAGCAAAUUCACUUGUUCUUGGGAAGCAGAUUAAGUAGCAGAAAGUCCAGGAAAGAGAAUGACCAAAAGGAGGAUUGAGAAGUGAUGGUGGGGAAGCUGAAAGUUGAGGGACGUGGAGGAAAGAAGAAGUGAGCAGUGUGGCUGACUCCUGUGUGUUCAGUAGAAGUCGCUCAUUUUUAAGACUUAAAAAAUCAGAGGCAUUUCAGACUAAACACUGAGAAUAAUGGAAAUAAGACUUCUUCUGAAUGCAGCUCUAACUUAACAAAAGAUCUGUUAAGUGGGGGGUGCCUGAGUCAGAUGGAGGAGACAUGGGUGUGGGAGAUGGCAGCUGCCCAGGACUCGUGUUCUGGGCCCAGGUCAUGUCCUUGUGAGGUGCUGGCCCGCGGCCUGUGCCCGGGGCGGACGGCCACUGUGGGGUGGUUAAAGACAGCAGUUGCAAAAUUAGUUUACUUUGAAUUGUGUCUUCUAAAUAGCUCCUGCUUUGUUUUUUAAAUUAAAAACUUUUUUUUACUACCACAAACCAGCCUACUAAUAGCAAAUGGGUAACCAGCUCUCGUUUUGCCAUAAGGCAGUGUGCUACAGAAAGGUGGGGGGUAAUUUGAUUGCACUCUGAUUAAUUGGCUUGCACCAUGUGGAAACCUGUGGAAACCUUCACGGAGGCCCAUUGUGUAAAGGUUCUCGUCCCUGUUCCCUGGUCUGAUCAGUGCUGUCAGAUAGACAAAUCAGUGUGAGUGUUUUAUACUGAAAAUGGAAAUGGCACAUUUCUCUUGUUUUGUGUUUUUCAUGAAAUGUAGCAUUUUUUUGCUUAAGGAAAUAAGAGUUUCAGGUGUCUCCAUUAAGGGCAAAUUCAUGCACAUUGUCAUGUCACACCACCAUUCUAGAAAUUACUUCUGUGGAUUUGAAAUGGCACUUUUAGUUUUAUACGUGACACAAAAUAUUUAAAUGUAAACACUACCAUGAAUUUAAUGUAUGAACCAUUUGUUGUCAAAGCAAGGGAAAACCACCAUUCACUUAUGUGGAGUUUACUUUUUUAUAUGAAUGUUUGUUGUACUGUGUCUAAGCAUAACUUCCCUAACGUCACUACUUUUACAUACCAGAUUUGACUGACCACUAACCUAGCGCUGGGCAUAACUUCAUACCUGUGUUAUGUAACAGACUGUAAGACAGUCUGAAUAGCUUUUUUUUGUAAAGGUCGAACACUGUUAAGGAGAAAGCUGAGUAUUUACUUACCUUUCUGACAAAUACAACAUGUUUCUUGUGCCAGUUUUAUUAUUGAAGAUCUACUUCCCCACUUUUGAAGUUUUUUUCUUUUUUGUUUUUUAAAUGUCUUGUGGCUUUCCUGUAACCGGUGUCCAGGUAAUGACAGUAAACUGACUGGAGUGAUGUGGGUAGUGACCAAGAGGUGCCAGGCAGCUGUGGUGGCUGCACGAGCGGGUGUCGUUUUCUCCCUCUGUACUGGUGCAGGGGACAGAAUAAGUGACCUCACAGGGUAAAACUCUUGGAAAGGCACGUGCUCACAGGGAGACUGUGUGAUGUGAACUUUUUUUGGUUUCUUUUGUUCGUUUAAACUGAUAAGCACUUUUUGUGUUAAUAUGAGAUGUACUAAAAUUGAUGAAAUGCUGAAAACAUCUGUCUCACGAAGGAGUUCUUAGAAGAUGGUUUUUAGUUUCUCACGACAAGUGGAUGAAUAGUAGCAGAAGAAUCUGAUGUAUAGUAUCAUUUGCUCAGUGGUUGCCAAAGUCUAUACCAACUUUGGGGGAGCUGCAGGGGUCUUUUUUGGGUGUGGGGGGAGGAGAGACCUUUUUUUGGUUUUUUUUGAAGUUUUCAAGCAUUGGAACCAAAGGCCAAACAAUAAACAGCCUUUACUUUUUAAGGUAAAAUUCAUUUUAUUUGCAGAAUACACUUAUUUGACACUGUUGAAAGAUAUUUUUGUGACUCUGUAUACAUUAUGGUGGUUACAUCCGCUGUUUGUCUUUAAAAUGGAGAAAUCAAAGAAAUAAGCCCAACCUUGAAGAUGGGCCUUGAAGGCCCUGAAUUGGUCUUUCCUAAAAAUGCAAUGGGUAUGCUGCUAGAAUUAUUUAAUUUUGUUUGCACUUUUUUUUUGAUUGGCUUUUAAAAUCAGUAUUUAAACUGAAGAGACUUGUUUUAUUAGUUUAACAAAUUGAAAGUGACUGCUCUGUACAUCAUGACCUUAGCAACGUUGAUGCUGUAGGUGAAAGUUCACUGUUGUCGCUCUAAGUUCAUUGGUGUUUUAACUUAAAAUGAGGACUGCAGGUUAUUCCCCCACCAGCCUUAGUCCAGGGGUGUGGCUCUAUCUGGACCAGUAUGCAGUCAUGUGGAACCUUGCUUUUUAGUGCUGGAAAAGAUGUCUCUAAUUACUGGCUUCAAUAAACAUGAAUCCAGACUGCUUAUAA